AAAGAUUUCAGUGAGAAUUCCAGCCUUGUGAAACACCAGAGGACUCACACAGGAGAGAAACCCUUUGAAUGUCCUGAUUGUGGGAAAAAUUUCAGUGUGAAUUCCAGCCUUGUGAAACACCAGAGGACUCACACAGGAGAGAAACCCUUUGAAUGUCCUGAUUGUGGGAAAAGUUUCAGUCAUAAUUCCAGCCUUGAGAAACACCAGAUGACUCACACAAGAGAGAAACUCUUUGAAUGUGCUAUCUGUGGGAAUAGUUUCAGUCGCAAGUCCAACCUGGUGAUACACCAGAGGACUCACACAGGAGAGAAACCUUUUGAAUGUCCUGAUUGUGGGAAAAGUUUCAGUCACAAAUGCAGCCUGGUGAUACACCAGAGGACUCACACAGGAGAGAAACCCUUUGAAUGUCCUGAUUGUGGAAAAGAUUUCAGUCAGAAAUCCAGCCUUUUGAAACACCAAAAGACUAACACAGGAGGGAAACCCUUUGAAUGUCGUGAUUGUGGGAAAAGUUUCAAUCAUAAUUCUAGCCUUGUGAAACACCAGAUGACUCACACAAGGGAGAAACCCUUUGAAUGUGCUAUCUGUGGGAAUAGUUUCAGUCACAAGUACAACCUGAUGAUACACCAGAAGACUCACAUAGGAGAGAAACCCUUUGAAUGUCCUGAUUGUGGGAAUAGUUUCAGUCGCAAGUCCAACCUGGUGAGACAUCAGAGUAUUCACACAGGAGAGAAACCCUUUGAAUGUCCUGAUUGUGGGAAAAGUUUCAGUCACAAAUCCAGCCUUGUGAUACAUCAGAGGACUCACACAGGAGAGAAACCGUAUGAAUGUCUUGAUUGUGGGAAACGUUUCAGUCUGAAUUCCAGCCUUGUGAAACACCAAAGGACUCACACAGGAGAGAAACCGUAUGAAUGUCCUGAUUGUGGGAAAGAUUUCAGUGAGAGUUCCAGCUUUGUGAGACAUCAGAGGAUUCACACAGGAGAGAAACCCUUUGAAUGUCCAGAUUGUGGCAAAAGUUUCAAUCAGAAUUCCAGCCUUGUGAUACACCAGAGCACUCACACAGGAGAGAAACCGUAUGAAUGUCCUGAUUGUGGGAAAGGUUUCAGUGAUAAUUCCAACCUUGUGAGACACCAGAGGAUUCACACACGAGAGAAACCCUUUGAAUGUCCAGAUUGUGGGGAAAGAUUCAGUCACAAUUCCAGCCUUGUGAAUCACCAGAGGACUCACACAGGAGAAAAACCCUUUGUCCUGAUUGUGGGAAAUAUUUCACUGAGAAAUCCAGUGUUGUUAUGGACAUUAGGUGAAGGGAAUUCACUCAGAGUUGCCUCAGAUGGCGAGAUGGGCAGUGGUUAAGUUUAAUACUGAAUGAAUUUAAUAAGGUAAUGUAAAGCUCAUUACCCAACUCUUGCUCAGUGAUACAUACAGUAGGUUUCUAACACAUAAAGUUUUUAACUUGUAAUCUGUCUCGUGCAA